AUGCUGUCCAAGAAUGCUGUGUAUGAGAGCCAUGCUUCCAAGCAUGACUUCGCUGGUAGAAGGCUCCGGGAGAAUGUGGCUGAUUUAUUUCUAUCAGGAUCUGUGAGUGCGAAGCGAGCCAGGUCCCUGUAUGCUGACAGUCAACAGCACGACCCCAGAGAAUCCGCCGAGCUUGCCCAAGUUGCUGACAGCAGCCAUGCUCACAGAGAUCUUCUUCGAAAGCUGAAAAAGGACAAGAAAUGGCCAGGUGUUUUUUGCACCAAAGUACCCUUGUGGAAUCGCAAAACAUGUGCAGCUGAGACGGGGCCCAUCGAGAUCAUGCUGCCCCACGAGCUCGUCAGUUGUAUUGCUCUGUGGAAUAACCAUGAUGACAGCUUUUGGAAGCUAGACAGCUUGAGAGCAGCUUGUUCGCAGCACUUGGAUAAUGUUUCCAAAGAGCUGGGAUUUCGGGAUGAGAGACUUCUCCCGAUUGGUUUAUGGCUUGACGGUGUUCCAGUAAAGUAUGACAGGUCGGAAUCCCUCGAGGUCGUCACGAUGAAUUUUCCUCAUGUCGGGGGUGAUCUUGCUUCAAUGCGAUUUCCCCUAACAGCACUCUACAAGGGACACUGUGCAAAAACUUCUACUCUCGAUGCCAUUAUGCACGUGUUGGCCUGGUCGCUCACCUGCCUUGCUGAAGGUGUUUUCCCCAAGUAUGGGCCACAUGGAGAAGAGUUAAAAGGCAAACGUGCUAAACUUGCUGGCAGGAGCUUGCAUGCAAAGGGCAUAUUGGUGGAGGUCCGGGGCGAUUGGGCUGCAUUCAAAAGUGUUUUUCGCCUACCAGCUUGGUCUCAGACAGAUGCCUGCUGCUACCGAUGCCAAGCCAACAAGACAAAUCUCAGCUUCAUGGACGCUAGCAGCACAGCUCCAUGGCGACAGCUUCCACUUACACACUGGGAGCUGGUUGGUAGGAUUUUUGCAGCACACGGAUCAUGUUCCCCCUUGUUUGCAUGUCCGGGCUUCAAGACCGAUGUUUUUGCAAUAGAUUGGUUGCAUUGUGUCGACCAGGGGGUCGCGGCGGACUAUUUGGGCUCUUUGAUGCACACAAUCCUCAAGGAAAUCCCCGGAAGCCCAACAGAGAAACUGGCUUGCUUGUUCAAACAUGUGCAGGAUUUUUACAGACGGAGCAAUGCUGAGUCCAGACUGGACAAUCUCACAGCCGGAAUGAUCAAAAAGCAAAAUGCUGCAAGCCCAAAGCUACGAUGCAAAGCUGGCGAGGCUAGGUGCCUCAUCCCGUGGAUCUCUGAAGCUUGUGAGCACUUCCUCACUGGGGACACUGCUGAGCAUCGGGCAGCAACGGAUGCAGGGAAGUAUCUGCAAGAGUGCUAUUCCCAUUUGAGUCCUGCUCGUUUUGAUAGGAAUAAGCUAGCUGCAGCCUGCCGAAAGUUUUUGCUUUUGUAUGCUAGCUUGGCUACCCUGUACAGCAAUCAGUCGGUCUGGCGCUUCAAACCCAAGCACCACCUUUUCCUUCACCUCUGCGAGGAAAGCUUGGACUCCCCAAGCUUGCAUUGGAAUUAUCGCGACGAGGACUUCGGGGGAAGCCUGGCCCAUAUAGGGGAGAGAAGGGGAGGGGCUAACACAGCCAAUGUUUUGUCUCACAUUGCGUUGCAAAUGUUCUAUGCCAAGCACCAGAUCCCAAUUUUCGGCCCUCUGUAA